GCGAAGCCGGUCAGACCUGAGAAGCUAGGCCCUUCUCGCGCCUGCCAGCGUGCCGGGCUGUUGGCCAUGCCUGUGGUCGGACCGGAUGGCCGCUUCAAAGUGCGGCUCCUGCGUGCAGGGAGGGCGGAGGAGGAGCCCAGCGACGGAGCAGAGGCGCUCCUGCAGGCGCAGGUCGACUCGGGCUUUGCGUCCUCCUCCACGAGUCCCAUUCCCGGAGCGCCGGCCCUGCUGGCGCCCUCGGGCGGCAACGCACAGGCGCUGCUGGAGAAGUACAGCCACGCCGCUGUGGGCUGCUUUGGUGAAGUGGGCGCCGAGGCGUUCGAGCUGGCGAAUGCCCUUUUUGCAGCCCGCAGUAAGCAUCAGGCCAUGCUGCGCCUGAGUUGGUGGCUGGCGCGCGUAAAUAGGCGCACGGUGCGGCAGUUCCUGGAAAGGCGUUUACCUCUUCGGCAGGGGUUGGUCACUGCAGAGCGGGCUGAUGCCCAGAGCUUGGAGGCGGCCUUCCACCACCUCACGGCCAACUCGGUGGGGUCGGCGCUGAAGGAGCUGAAGAAUGCCGCCGGGGAAGGGCCGCACUUCGACCGCCUGGCGACGAUCCUGGCUGCCUGCGGGGGAACCUUUCUGCCGGGGCAGCAGCGGCGCUGGCUGAGGCAGCAGGUGGAAGACUGGAAGCGCCAAAGAACGCCUGACUUGAUGAGCCCGGAGCUGUGGCGCAUCUACCAGUUGCUGGCCGGGGACCUGGAGGUGGUCAGGGACGCCCUGGACUGGCGCACGGCGUUCGGCGUGGUAUUUUGGUAUGGCCAAAGGGAGGAGAGCGCUGGAGAUGAUGCGCUUGCCAAAGUGGUCGCUUCCUUCAUGGAUGCCGUUAAGCGGCAAGGGAGUCUCUCCAGGAUACGACCAGUGCCUUCGUACGUCCUGGCGACCAGGGCGCCAGACGACUGCCUCGGGCUCUGGACGGGCACCAUGCGUCGGCCCAAGGAUGACCCCGGCAGCCUGCAGUUUACUGCCAUUGAGAUGGCCGCGAGCUGCCACGGCUCAGAUGUCGUCCACUUUGAUUACAAGACCUACACGAACGAUCCGCUGGACAUCUCGCUGUCCUGGCACUUUGCCGUCUUGAUGUUGGCACUUCAAGGUGAGGCGGGCGAGCCGGCCGGCGUGGCCUUUCAGCGCCUCACGCAGCAGUAUUGUGAGCACUUGCAGCAGCAGGGCCUGCCACAGUGGGCGGUGUAUGUGGCGCACUUCGUGAGCGAGCACCGUGCCCGCGCCAGCCUGGUGCGGCAGCUGCUGAUCACGCACGCGAAGGCGGUGCCCUUGGACUUCGGCAGCGAGGAGGAGGCAAUCUGGCCAAAGCUGCCUGCCAACUGGCUGUGGCACGCAAGGGCCAUUGCUUGCGAGCAGGCCCGCGAUUGGUGCGGCGCCCUCUUCUGCUGGCUGCGCUGCGGUGGUGAAGAGGCCAGAGCCGUCACCAUUGCUUGUGGCUACCUGCUUGGCCCUGCACUGCUCGGCCACGCCUCGUGCCCCUUCAAGCGGGGGGCCGUGGAGGCGAUCUUGCUGGCGCCCAUGAAUCCGGCGGCGCAGUGGUUGCUGCGAUCGCUGGAGGAGCUCAGUGCAGCGAUGGGCUACCACGACCUGCUGUGGGCCGAUGUAGGCCGCGAGGCCCUGGCUGUACUGCGGCAGUGGUCAGAAGGAGCUGUUCGCUUCGAGCCCGGGGUUCUGGUGCGCCUGCACUGGCGCUGCGAGAAGCUCCGGAAAGGCGUGCUGGGCGUGCCGCGCUAGACAGCAGCGUUGGAUGCUGUGGGAGAAAAAAGGGAGAGCUCACGUCGGCCAACGGUGGAAAGCCCUGGCAAAGGCGUGUGUUAGGAUGGCAUCAGUCCACCUUUCAAAUCUGCGUGCAGCUGUUUUUGCCUGCGCAUUGCAGCUAGGGAAUGACAUCCAGG